AUGACACUUUGCGUAUUGAUCUCGUUUGGUGGGUUCAUUGUCGGUUGGGAUACCGGAACCAUCGGUGGUAUAAGCGGGAUGCCAAAGUUCAAGGAAACCUACGGAACACGUGUCAAUAAUGGAACCUACGCUUUGGAUUCUUGGGUCUUGGGUCUUGUAAUUUCCACCUUUAACAUUGGUUGCAUGUUUGGUGGUUUCUUCUUUGGCAGCAUUGGCGACACCUGGGGCCGUCGUGUGGGGAUUAUGUCGACUGCGGUUAUUUUAUUCUUCGGUUUAGCCGUCCAGAUUGUCUCGCACGCUGUGGGAUCCUGGUACGUCUUUAUGAUUGGCAGAAUCAUUGCGGGGUUUUCUGCUGGUGGAAUUGCUGUGCUAUGUCCAAUGCUUAUCGGCGAAAGUGCACCUUCGUCCGUCAGAGGCUCCUUCGUUGUCUUCUACCAGGUCAUGAUGACUUUGGGGAUUUUGUUUGGCCAGAUCACCACAUUUGCCACUAAGACUGUCUACGCUAACUCCGCCACAAGCUACUUGGUCCCUAUUUGUAUUGGUUUCGGGAUCGGUUUCAUCUUAAUUAUUGCCGCUUUUGUGGCCCCAGAAUCCGCAAGGUUCUUGGUAAAGAUUGGUAGCCUCACACAAGCAAAGGAAUCGCUUGCCCAAUUAUCUGACACCUCCCUAGACAGCAUCCAGCUACUUGCUGAAUUCGAUGUUCUAUUGGCUGCCCAUAACAUGGAUGCAGCAUUGGAUAAGACCUCUUUCUUUGAAGUUUUGAAACCAAAGUAUUUUCUGCGUAUCGCCAUCGGCUGUACGAUCAUGGCCUUACAGCAGUUAACCGGCAUAAACUACUUCUUUUACUAUGGUACCUCGUUGUUUUCUGCUGCCGGAAUUGAAGAUUCAUACAAAACUGCCAUCAUCUUGGGUACUGUUAAUGUUAUUUCCUCUUUUUUUGGUGUUCCAUUGGUUGAAUGGCUCGGAAGAAAGAAAUGCUUGUCCCUCGGUGCGCUCUCCAUGGCUGUUUGUAUGGUUACAUACGCUUCGGUUGGAACUUUAUCGUUAACCAAAUCUGACGACACUGUCAACGCAUACGCUGGAAUUGGAAUGAUCAUAGUGACGUGUUUAUACAUUUUUUCCUUUGCUGUCUCCUGGGGGCCAGUUGCCUUCGUUGUGGUGAGUGAGUUGUACCCUUUGAGGAUCAAAUCACAUGCUAUGGCCAUUGCCACCUCCACCACUUGGAUUAUUUCCUUCUUGAUCGCCUUAAUGACUCCUACUAUCACCAACAUUAUUGGCUACUGCUUCGGCUACGUCUUCAGCGGCUGUUUGGUGUUUGCCUUUGGAUUUGUCAUGCUUAUUGUCAAAGAAACCAAGGGACUUUCCUUGGAGCAGGUUGAGGAGGUGUAUUCUCCUCGAAUAUCCAUACCCACCCAAGCGUAG